CUCAAAACCCUUUCUUCUUCUCUUUCAUUUUUAGCUGCUCAUAAACCCUAAAAAUCCUCUCUUUCUCAAACUUUUUUCCUACCUCGAUUCUUAGCUAUGGAGUUCUGGGGAAUUGAAGUUAAACCAGGGAAGCCAGUUACAGUGACUCCUAAAGAAGGCACUCUUAUCCACGUUUCUCAGGCAUCGCUUGGAGAAUGUAAAAACAAGAAAGGAGAAUUUGUGCCUUUACAUGUUAAGGUUGGUAACCAGAACUUGGUUCUGGGAACUCUAUCAACUGAGAACAUCCCUCAGCUUUUCUGUGAUUUGGUAUUCGAAAAGGAGUUUGAGCUUUCUCACACUUGGGGAAAAGGAAGUGUCUACUUUGUUGGAUACAAAACUCCCAACAUCAAUGAGGGAGGAGAAUACUUUUCUGAUUCAGAGGAAGAAGAGGAAGAGGUUGAAGAAGUUCCUGCCACCAUUACUGCUAAUGGGAAUGCUGCUAAGGCUGUAGCAAAACCAAAGGCUAAGCCUGCAGAAGUGACUAAGACUGCAAAGCCGGUUGCUGAUGCUGAAGAGGAUGACUCUGAUUCCGACGAAGGAAUGGAUGAAGAUGAUUCUGAUGGUGAUGACGAUUCAGAGGAAGAAGAAGAGACACCUACUCCUAAGAAGCCUGCAUCAAACAAGAAGAGAGCAAAUGAAACUGCCCCUAAAACACCUGUGUCAUCAAAGAAGGCGAAAGUAGCAGUUACUCCUCAGAAAACAGAGGAGAAGAAUAAAGGUGGAAAGACCCCCAAGCCUGCUACCCAGAGCCCAAAGUCGGCCAGUCAAGUCUCCUGCGGUUCAUGCAAAAAGACUUUCAACUCUGGGAAUGCACUUGAGGCUCACAACAAGGCCAAGCAUUCUGCCGCCAAGUGAAGUGGUUUCUUAGAGCUUAUCAACUAUUCCUCUGUUUUGUGUUUUGAGUAGGAUCAUUAUGAUAUCUUUGAAAUUUUGCCUCUAGUCUUUAUGAAACCUUCGGAUUUUCAUCCUUUUUUUAUAACAAGUCUUAAUGAAAGAGUGCCAAUUGGAGUCUUAUCUCCACUAUA